CGCCGAUAUCAUUUCAUUCCAACCAUCCCUCUCCAACCGGGGGUAUCUUCUUCUCCAUCUCUUCUCUCGCAUCUUUGUCUGCAUCUGGAAGGGAGGAGGAGAGGAGGAGAUUGGAGGAACACCAUCACACUAGUCCUGGCGAUCCGGCCGAGAGCUUUCCGGGUAGCGGUUGUUAGCGUCUCCGGCCCGAGCACCUGAGAUGACAAGGAACAUCUGUUUCUUAGGUCUUUCAGAAGUUGAACCUGUCGGCCCGUGAAACUCGUUAUUACGUCUUACUUAAUCACUCUUCAAUCGGUACAGAUACAUCGAUGAGAUUUCUAAUCGUCAUCUUCUAAUUAAAUUGCUCUCGUUUAAUUCCGGGUCAGCUAAUCGGAAACAGAAGUGAACUCGUUAUUCAAAGGAUAAAGGUACUCAUUGAAGACGGCAAUUAUAAUGACAGUUCUUCUGAACAUCUAAAUAAGAUAAUUUUAACGGAUUUCCGACAUCGCGCCGCGAAUCUGUAUCAAGAACGAGCGAGCACAUUUAUGGGAGUGAAUCAAACGGACUCAUCAAAGCUGAUGUACUUCAAACUAAUGAUUGGCCCCACCGCGCAAAACAGUUGGAGUUCUGUUUAAACUAUUUGAAUCUCCUCCAAGGACUAGGACUUAUCAAGAUGGCGAUGGGCUAUGACGAUGACGAAUCGUCCAUUGAAAAUGGCGUGAACGCUUCCUUCAACGAUUCAUACUACUACAGUAACGAGUCUUUCGUUGAGGAGGAAUGGGGUCACGUGAGCGCCGGGAACCUACCCCCGCCUUUCCCCAGACCUACGGCCGUUGUCUUCACUAAAGUCGCCGCUUUCCUCUUAAACAUUAUCGUCACAAUUAUCGGUAACGGCAUCGUGAUCACCAUUAUCAUCAGGAACAAGAAUAAGAACAUGAGAUCGGCCACCUACUAUUAUCUUAUGAACCUGGCCAUUGCGGAUCUUAUUGUCGCUUGCUUUUCGGAAUGGACAUUACUGGCUACGUUACUCAAGGAAGGAUCGUGGCCAUUUGGUGCUUUCAUGUGCAAGUUCUCCACGUUCAUACAAGGGGUUUCUGUACAUGUCAGCAUCCUGACGCUCAUGGUCGUGGCUGGUGAUCGAUACAUCGCGAUACUCCACCCUAUCAAGUCGCGGGUAGUCAAGCGUAACGCCUGGCUAGUCAUUGCAGUCGUUUGGCUCUUUUCGACGGCAAUCAACAUACCGCUAGUCAUCUACUACCACUAUUUAGAACAUACUUGGCCGAACGGAGAAAUACGGAAAUACUGCUUCGAACAUUGGGGCAUAAUUGGGCAAUUGCAAUGGAAACUCGCCAAGGAGAUGUACACCUUGACUGUUUUCGUGUGUGUAUAUGUAGUCCCACUUGUGCUGAUGUCUGUCGCCUAUGUCCGAAUUGGAAUGACCCUAAGCUAUCGGAGCAUCAGUGGGCCAGGGGUCUCCAUCAAAGCAACUAUCUCUGUUCAGGACAAGGCACGGAAAAAGGUCGUUAAGAUGAUGCUUGUUGUAGUGAUAACGUUCGCUUUGUGCUGGCUGCCAUACCACAUCUACAACCUAUACGCACAUUUCCGAGGCUUUAAGUCGGAUUGGGACAUCUUCACCUUCAUAAUUUGGCUGGGCUACGCCAACUCUGCGAUGAAUCCUUUCAUCUACUGCGGGUUCAAUGAAAACUUCCGUCGAGGGUUCCGCGAUGCCUUUACCGGACGUUGGUGUCGAAAGCAGACAUCGCACCACAAAUUCCCCACCGGAGCGACCACAAAGUCGGUGACGACGACGAUGUUCACACACAGCGACCACAUCGAUCCGACGUCGAUGGAGUCGAUGCUCUAAUCUGGGAUGUCUUUGGCGUGGCUGGAGGACUUGAAUGGAGGAAAAAAUUGAACUGGACUAUUGUGACGUCAUAAUAGAAUAUUUGAACGCAUGUGGUAGAGAGGUACCUGGACUUGAAGAAGGCUGUGAGAUUACGGCCCAUGAAGCAGCCAAGAGCAAAAUUGAAAUGCUUUAAUUUUUGCAAAGAUAUCUUAUUUAUUUCAUCUCACCAUACAUUAGUGUAAAGACAUGAAGCUAUAAUCUGCUGGAACUACUGUAUAUAAGUUUUCAAAUAUUAUCUACAGGAACAGUGAAAGAGUUUUCUAGCAUUAUCCUCGAUUUGUUUCGAAAGGGAUCGAAGUUGUGUGUGCCAAAAGCUUACUGUGGCAAUCUAACGUCUGUUCCUUUAGUCGAAGAAAGCCUGUUUAGAGUUUUAACCUUUCAGGUGCCGCACAAUCAUCAUGAUCCCUAAAACGUGACCCCAGGAAUGGCACGAGGCAAAGGAUGGAUUCCCUUCUCUCUAUUAUAUAUCAAUAUCAGUUUCUUUGUAUUCUUGUGUCCUAUAAUUUUGUUCUUCUAUCGUCCUAUAUUUUCGUCAUUUGAGACGUCAUUCACCUUAUACAGUAGGCUUGCGGGUGCACCAUGUGAGAGAGAGGGAGGAUUGAGGAGUCCUGAAAAGGACUCUCGGUAAU